UUAAUGAAUAUUAAAAUAACAUAUUUAUUACAUAAGUUCAGUCUUUUGACAUCAAUAUUCUAAGGCUUCAACCAAUAAAACGAUACCGCAGUUAAUUAAGUGCUAUUGUUGACUUUGAUCAAUAUCUCCGCGAUUGGGAGAAAAAAGCUAAAGAGGAGAUAACAAAACAGAAAGCAGAAAAAAAAAGAAGAAGGCUAAUAAAGCUGAUGGUUUCGAUAAUUUUGAGGAGGAUUUUGAGUUUCCAAUCACAACCAGUACUUUAACUGGCUUUAAAGUAACUCUCGGAACUACUUUAAAAUUACUUGAAUUUUUACAUGAUAAGUGUAAUUAUGAUUACCUCAUGACGUCGCGAUUGAAUCAAGAUGCUUUGGAAAAAUUCUUCGGAAUUAUGCGGCCAGCUUGUGGAUGUAACGACCACCCGGAUCCAAUACUUUUUGGCCAAGUUUUCCGUCUUCUCUGCAGCUAUUCUCUAGCAACACCACCGAGGGGUUCCAACGUCACCGGUGGAGAAUUACUAAAAUCAUUGAUGCACACUAAAGAAUCAUUAACUGCAUCUAGUCAAAAUAAAAAAAUUUGGCUCGAUAAAAUUGAUUCUAUUGUUGAAACAGGAAUAGCAAAUGAGAACCCAAGAUUUUUCAAUAAUAAUGAUGGUGAACGUUUACCUUUUGAGGAUUGGGUCGAUGAAACUAGUCAUGAAAGUGAUGACAAUGAAACUAGUGAUGUCUGUGAUUUUAAUAAAAGAAAUGUGAACUCUACUCAAAGAGAAAAUAACUGUGAUGAUAAUAAUAAUAAUAAUUUAAGUGAUGUUGAAAAAUCUAACUAUUGUGAUGCUGAUACUAAUAAUGAUAGUAAUAGUGCUUGUUAUGUUUCUACUAAUAAUAAUAAUGAUAACGGUGAUAAUAGUUCGGCUAAUGCUAAUGAUAAUUAUAACGAUAAGUCGCCGGAGACACCCUUAGUUAAUAAUACCUCUAACAAUGGAGAUAGGUCUAAUAUUUCAAAUGAUGAUUACGUUCAUUUGGAUCAUGAUUAUGACAUAACGCAUACUAGUGAUCAUGUCGUUUCAUACAUUGCAGGAUUCAUGGCCAGAAAAGUUUCUCGUUUUACGAAGUGUUUAGACUGUAAAGAAAUGUUAACUGCUUCAUUUCCAACGGAACGUGACAGAUUAAUUGAAAAAAUGAGAGAUGGAAAUUUAAUUUAUCCAAGUGAGGCUUUAUUUUUACUCAUAAGACAAUUAGAAAUUCAAGUAUUAAUAGUUGUUGGAACAAAAAAUUUUACAUCGUAUACAAUGUUUCAAAUUCUUGAAAAAGUUUCACAACUUGAUGAUUUACCAAUUCUUGGAUGUGAAAAACAUCGCAAAGAAUUUAUGAUAAAGAUUAUAAAUAAUUUUAUUGUGAUGAGAGGCCAUUUUUUGACCGACUUUUUCAAUCGCAAUGUAAACAAUCGUCAAAUAAUGACUAAACGUAUGCGCAAAUUUGCGAAAAAAUAAUAUUUGUCCCUAAAUCUGUACUUAUCUUUAAUUAAACUUAA